CAUAGAGAAUUUAUUCAGCAUGUCUUGUAACAUUUGCCAAACGAAAUUCUCAUUUUUCACUAAAGAAGUUGCUUGUCCAGGCUGUGGUUUCUCAUACUGCGGCAGAUGCCUGAAAUAUAAAUGUGAUAUUUCAGAUAAAGGAGUGAAAAAAGUCUGUGGACGCUGUUAUAACAAAUAUAAUUCUUCAAGGAAAAAAACGCAUUCUGCUAAUGGUAUCACUAUGUCUGAAGAGCAUAAUGAACCUAUGGCUCCGGUGGACAUUACUAAAAAGUUGGACUCUUUGGAAAAUCCAGCAAAGCCACCCAUUGUAAUGUAUAAACACACAAAUCACUGGGACAAGUUUAAGAAAGGUUUAGAGCCUGUGGAUCAAGAGAUAGUAGACAGACUGAGAAAAUUAAAAGGGGAGGAGAAAGCUAUAGCUUUAAGCGUGGAUGAAAUAAAGAGAAGGCUCGCAUUGUUGAAAGAUGAAGAUCCCGAAGCCGGUAACAGCAAGACGGAUAUACAUCGAGUAGACAUUAGGACGGACCAGGAGAAAACAGACGACUUAAUACGGGAGUAUUUGGAGCAACUAAAAUUAUCGUCGGCAACCGAUGCGAAUAAUAAAAUUGAAUCGAGAUUGAGAUCGCUACAGGGUUCGAGCAAUGCCCACAAGAAGCAUUCGAGCGAAACUAUCGACGAUGACGAAGAACACGCAACGAAGAAAUUAAUUGCAAAAGCUCUUGCUGAAGCGGAACUCGAGAAAAAUUAUGAAGAGGAUAUAGACGAACUAGAAAGAAUGGAAGUCGAUGUAGCAAAGCAUAACGACGACGAGGAAGAGGAUGAAGAAGAAAAACCUACUUGCGUGAUGUGCGAUCAAACUAAAAAUUUAGAGAAAUGUUUAGGUUGUUACGGCGAUCUGUAUUGCCCCGCAUGCUUUGAAGAUAAUCACGAUGAUUCUGAGAUGCAAAAGCACAAACGAAUGCCAGCAAUAAGGAGACCUAACCCGGAUUAUUGAGCUUAAUCGAUACAAGCAUUAGAAAGAACUACAGACUCCUCUCGAUUAUCGUCUGGCUUAUUCUACACGAUUAUUAUCCAGGCGUUGUCCCCACUACUGUGAUAGGAGGACAUGAAACCUGUCAAACGCAUACUUUGUUGCCCCUCUGCUUUUGUUCCCGGGACUCGAGCUUCAAGUAAAAAAUGAAUUUACGAGUGUCUGAAGCAUUUCUCCCUAUAAAAGUAUUGUC